CUGCUAUAUAGUCUGGUUACCUUCCAACUUCCGUACUGGGCUAUUGUGCGAAGCAGAGCAGGAAGCAGACACUUAAAAAUAACCUUAUCUCCGGCCCGCAGGAUAGGUUUAAGUUAUUAAUAGAACGUUUCAACCUUUAAAUAGUUGAAGCGAAGGGAAUGAAUUCUUUGUUGGCAUUGUUAGUCGGUAGAGGUAACUUCUCUAUAGCCAGAUCUGCUGCUGGUAACACUCGCUGAGGAGCAUUUCUUGUGUUCUGGAAAAGAACUUGCUUUCGUCCUUGUUGCAAAAUGAAGAAGAAAUCUGCCGCAGGUCGCCUGAGCGACAAUGGUACCGAGGCGACUCCUGCGCAAACCCCUGGCCAGUGGGGACGGGCAUGGACUGCGGACUUUCUGACCAUGGCUGGCGUGCUAUUCAUCCUGACCUGUUGCCCCGUGCUGGUGUUCUACUUUCUCAUCUCAUGCACGCACUACCAAUGUGAACUGACUACCCCGGCCAUCAAGCUCUACACUGGUGACGUCACGGUGACGCAAUUGUGGGGAUAUGUCCCCUCCCUGACCCUUAAAGCCAUGGUGGUCUACCUCUCUUGGUUUACUUUUCAGGUGUUCUUGUGGUAUCUCCCUGACGUCUGCCAUUACAUCAUCCCUGGCUACCGAGGCGGGGUCUGUCUAGGCGCCAUCACCCCCGCAGGCAACCGUCUCAAGUACGGCGUGAACGGCCUACAAGCCUGGAUCAUCUCCAACGGGCUCUUCCUGGCCAACGCCGUCCACUUCCGCUGGUUCUCCCCGACCAUCAUCGUGGACAACUACGGUCCCCUCCUGGUCAUGAUGAACAUCAUGGGAUACAGUGUGAGCGUCUUUGUCACCGUCAAGGCCUACCUGUUCCCAUCCUUCGCGGAGGACCGGAAGUUCAGCGGGAACCCUUUCUACGAUUUCCUGAUGGGGAUCGAGUUCAACCCCCGCAUCGGGAAGUGGUUCGACUUCAAGUUAUUCUUCAAUGGCAGGCCGGGGAUCGUUUGUUGGUCUGUCAUCAAUAUGUCUUACGCCUGGAAGCAGUACGAGCUCUACGGCUACGUGACCAACUCCAUGAUCUUGGUGAACGUCCUGCAAGCCAUCUACAUCGUGGAUUUCUUCUGGAAUGAAGCUUGGUAUCUCAACACAAUCGACAUGCAUCAUGAUCACUUUGGCUUCAUGUUGGGAUGGGGUGAUUCUGUGUGGCUCCCCACUAUGUACACGCUGCAGGGGUUCUUCCUCGUGUUCCACCCCGUCCAGCUCUCCCAGGCGGCCGCGGCCGGCAUCCUCGCCCUAGGCCUGGGCGGUUAUUACAUCUUCCGUGCCGUCAAUCACCAGAAGGACUCUUUCCGCCGUACGGACGGCCAGGCUAACGUCUGGGGCCGCAAGCCGGAGUACAUGGAGGUGGAAUACUUCAGCAGCGAUGGCAAGAAACGCCGCAGCAAGCUUCUCCUGUCUGGAUGGUGGGGGAUCGCAAGACACAUGAACUACACCGGAGAUUUGAUGGGCUCGCUGGCAUACUGUCUCUGCGGCGGAGUGACGCAUCUACUUCCGUACUUCUACAUCAUCUUCAUGACAAUAUUGUUGGUGCAUCGAUGUCUGAGGGAUGAGCAUCGUUGUAAGGCCAAGUAUGGUUCAUCGUGGGAUGACUAUACCUCCAGAGUCCCGUACAGACUCAUACCAAUGCUCUUCUAAUUGAAAGACGCCCAAAGAGCAGUUGCUUGCUGUUGAGUGUUUAAGAACAAAGAUAGAGGGGGAAAGCCAUGAUAGUGUGCAUGGAUACUCUUUCGGAUAUGACGUUUUCUUUUAAGGGGAAAACCGAUAGAAAGAACUGUACUUUUACUGAUCAAUUGCUUCCAAGUUUUUUUUAGAGACUUGCUUUUUUAAUCACGAAUCCAACAUACUUAUUUUAAACUGCGGUUUAUGUUACUGCAUGCAUUUCUUAAUAAUAUUUUUUUUUGAAAUUUUAAAUCAAAGCAUGCAUGAUUACCGUAUAGUUUUAUGUUAUAAAUCUUGUAGAAAUAACUGUGGAAACAUCACAAUUCCGGAAGUGACGUUUUUAUUUGAGAAAAACCGACGGGAGAACUAUUAUUACCGAUUUUAAUUUUUUUAAACUUCCACGAAUCCAUAUAUGAAUGAUGUUAUCGAUUGGCGUGGGUUUCCGGCCUAUAUGCCCACUCUCAUCAUUGCAAAUCCAAAGAAAUAACGGUAGUUCUCUUCCAAUUUGCAACAGUAUUUAUAUUUUGGUAGUUUUUAAAAACUGUAUUAAUUUUGCCGAUUUACAGUUUUCAUAUUAGGGUCAUAUGACUUGUUACUUAGUAAAAUUGAUGCCCUUUGACCCUAUACAGCGAUAAAGCCCAGCUAUCGGAUUUUUAUUGGACUUCGGAUCACGAACCAGCGUUUUCUGCUCUAUUUUAAUCAUCUUGAAAACCUGCAAAAUUUCAACAUAAAACUAUUGGACUUCGGAUCACGAACCAGCAUUUUCUGUUCUAUUCUAAUCAUCUGGAAAAUCUGAAAAAUUUCAAUAUAAACUAUAAAGCUAUUAUUUUUUUCUCCAGCACACUGCAAACUGUGCUCUGGAUCAACUUUAAGGAGCAUCUAAACUACAUGAUGAACAUCGCUUUAAUUUACCUAUAGAUCAAUUGAUAGACCUGUUGCGAUCACCUUUCCCAUAUUAAAUUGAAGCAUUUUAUAUCGAUGUA